CCAUCCUUAAACCUCUCCUUGCCUCUGCGUCUGGACGCGRAGUUGCGGUGCGCGCAGCCGCGUGCCGCAACGUUUGCGCGUCUCUUUCGGAGCGCGAGUGAAAGCCCGCCGGGUCGUCUCCGCACAUUUCAGCAGAGAGGGAGAGGGAGAGACGGAGUGCGCGAGCGGUUGUGGAAGAGAGAUGUCUUCAUGGAUUUGUGAGCUGCUUCUGGCUGUGCGGGACUUUAUUGUUCGAACACAAUCAGCCAUGAUGGACCGAAACAUCUGAGGUUCUCAUMGAGGUAAACUGGGGCUCAGAAUGGACUCCGACAGUUUUGUUCAACACGCUGAUCGAGACCUGGAGGUCACCUUGAUCCCGUUUUCUGUCACCUCCGACUGGAUGGAGGAUGGAAACGAGACGAGCWGGAACCAGUUCCAGCAACCCGACUGGCAGGUGGCUCUCUGGGCCAUCGCCUACUCCCUCAUCAUCCUGGUGUCCAUCACCGGGAACGUCACGGUGAUCUGGAUCAUCCUGGCUCACAGACGYAUGAGGACCGUAACCAACUAUUUCAUCGUCAACCUGGCCUUUUCUGACGUAUCCAUGGCAUCCUUUAACACCCUUUUUAACUUUGUCUACGCACUUCACAACGACUGGUACUUUGGUCUGGGUUACUGCAGAUUUCAGAACUUCUUUCCCAUCACGGCCAUGUUUUCAUCCAUUUACUCCAUGGCUGCCAUAGCAGUGGACAGGUAAGACAGCUCAGACUGUUGUUUGUCGACUAAAAAUGUUUCUCUAAGUAAAGAUGAUGCUCUUGCAAAGACAGCUAAACUCUAU